ACGUGCUCGAUAAAAGAUGACUGUCUCCUACACUGCCGAGGUAGCCACUUGCAGGGGCCUCGGUUGCUUUCUCAAGUUAUUACUCAGAUGGCGGGCGAGCAUUUACAAACUUGUCUGGCUCGAUCUGACACUCUUCCUCUUCAUCUAUUACUCCCUCUCCGGUAUUUACCGAUUAUUAUUGAACGAGGAGCAAAAGAAGAUAUUCGAAUCUGUGGUGUCAUACUGCAACGAGUACAGCGACCUGAUACCACUGUCAUUCGUCCUAGGUUUCUAUGUCAGUAUCGUCAUGACCAGAUGGUGGAAUCAAUACAUGACGAUACCAUGGCCUGAUUCCAUCGCAGUCUUCGUAUCAGCCACUAUACAUGGGAACGACGAACGCGGUCGUCUAAUGCGUCGAACGAUCGUUAGGUACGUGUGCGUUUGUCUGACUAUAGUCCUAACAAACGUCGCGCCGCGUGUAAAGAAGAGAUUUCCUACUUUAGAGCAUUUUGUGGAGAGCGGCUUGUUGCUGGACAACGAAUUAGCGAUAUUUCAAAGCCUAAAUGCGAAAUUCCCAAAGCCAAGUAAACAUUGGCUACCGAUAGUUUGGGCUUCCAGUAUCGUGACCCGAGCCCGACAGGAAGGUCGAAUACGUGACGAUUUCGCGGUGAAAACUCUAAUUGAUGAACUUAAUAGGUUCCGCGGGAUGUGCGGCAGUAUAUCGCACUACGACACAAUCAGCGUCCCGUUAGUGUAUACUCAGGUCGUAACAUUAGCCGUCUAUACAUAUUUUUUGACUACUGUGAUGGGUCGUCAGUGGAUUCAAAAGUCGGACUCGACCAUAGAUCUGUACUUCCCAGUAUUCGCGACAUUGCAAUUCUUUUUCUAUAUGGGCUGGUUAAAAGUAGCCGAAACGUUAAUCAAUCCAUUCGGCGAGGACGACGAUGACUUUGAAGUAAACUGGUUAAUUGAUCGCAAUUUGCAAGUAAGCUAUCUAAUCGUUGACGAGAUGCAUCACGAACAUCCUGAACUCAUACGUGAUCAAUAUUGGGAUGAGAUAUUCCCCGCGGAACUCCCCUACACCGCCGCAGCACAACCUUACCGCGAGGAACCUCCUGAACCUUCAACAGCUGGCAUACAAUUGUCCGCCGCGCAACAAGAAUUGCAACCAUCGUCGGUUAAAAUUGACGAGAUGAUGCCGAUGGAUGAUCAGAAAUUCCGCUCCGACAUCGCUGACGAUGCUGCUUCAGGAAUACAUUUUAUCGCAGGAAAGCUGUCUCGAAGCAAUACAGACAGCACCGAGAGAUUAAUAAGAAGCACCAGUAGAGUGAGCAAUCGAGAUCGCAAUAUCAGUGGCGGUUCGACUAGCAAUUUGGGUGAGUCCCUCACGAGGGUAGCCAGCGUCACUAAUGCACUUAAGCGACUGUUUAGCAAAGAUGACAGGACGGACGGGAGUACCACGAGUGCCGCCAAAGCCACGGGAAAGAUGCCAAGCACGGGUUCAACAGCUUCAUUACAACCACGACCACCUGGUGCAGGUGGCUCCAUGAGAAUAGGCGUCAUUGAGGAAGUGGACGAGCAGAUGACAUUGACAUCGUUAAAACAAUCGAACGAAAGCAGGCCUCACGUACAAAAUAUAUUUGCGCAAGGGCCUCCACCGCCGAGUGAUCCCGUCGACGUUCCUGGUGUCGCACAAUCUUACAGUCGUGAGAUAUUCUCUAGGAGUGCACCCGCACAUGCAGGAGCUUUAAUAACAGCCGGCAGUGCAGAAUCUGCGGUCGAAAGGCGGAGCAUUUUAAGGACACAAGAAUCCGCACCAUCAAUGAGGUCGAGUACCAUUUAUGAACCAGCGCCUAGUUACACCGGUAGUGGGAUAAACGACGACUUGCCCAGCACAUCAAGCACCUCCUCUUCUGACAAUGGCACAAGCGAAUUUACGAAAUUGAAAACCGAGAGGAAGGCUCGAAGGCGUAAUCGAAAACUUACUCGAAGUGCUAGUGGCCUAAACGAAAAUGAAUCGAGAAGCCCUCCCGAUUCGGAAACUCUUCUGCUGACGGAAUUAGCAGACGCGUCGCGACGAAGUAUGAAAGAACGCGAUGAAAACGAUGAAAUUUAGAAAAAAUACGUUGAUUUUCGACGUUAGUUCGUCUAAUAGGCCUGAAUAACAAAUUCGAUCGAAGUAAAAAAAUAACGUAACAUUACGUCAUCAAGAAAAUAAUAAAUAUAUACAGUGACAGAUUUGUUAUGUGUCUGCGAUGUACUUAUGAAACAAGUUUAUCAUCAAACAAUGAUGUAAUGUUUCACGUACAUACGGAUUUUAUAUUACAUACGAGUAAUCCAUAUGUAAUAUAUUACCCAUAUGUAAUAUAAAUCAAUUGUGAAAUUUUGCGGUUAGCAAUUUUUUAGCAUUCUUAUGAAAUCUGCUUUAACAACGACAAGUUUGUAAAGAGUUAAAAAUAUUUUUUACACGAGCAUGUAUAACGCAGCAGUAUCGUCGUGCGAAAGUUUUUCGCGAAAGCCAGCUGAAAAAAUUUCAGUGUUUUCGUUCAUUUAUAAAUCAAUAUGCAAAGUGUUUUUUAGGUAAAAGUUUAAGUACAAAAACAUGAUUGUAUAGGGUGCUUUCCAACAAGAGACACACGAUGUGACACUGUGCAUUAUUACAUCUUUGUUUACCAAUGUUAAACAAGGAUGAGAUGAUCACUGUGUUAUAUGUAUACUGGGUCGUUUGAAAGGCACCCAUAGUUUCAACUACAAUAGCUACGCACAAGAUAUUUUUGUUAUUUUUCUC